AUGCUGUAUAACAUACACACACACUCUCCCUCUCUCUCUCCCUCCGCCCUCUCUCUCUCCCUCCGCCCUCUCUCGCUCUCUCUCUCGCUCUCUCUCUCUCUCUCAGAGCAGACCUUAUUUACAGACUGUAUAACUUCAAUGCUAAAACGGCAUAACUAUUUUUUAACUUACUGUCAAAUCUAUCUAUCUAUCUAUCUAUCUAUCUAUCUAUCUAUCUAUCUAUCUAUCUAUCUAUCUAUCUGUUUCUCUAUAUAUAUAUCUCUCUCUAUCUGUACCCUUUUUAAACUUUUUUUAAGUCUAUCUCUGUAUCUAUCUGUUUAUCUAUCUAUUUAUCUUUUUAUUGAUCUAUUAGUUUUUCUAUAUAUCUCUAUCUAUCUGUUUUUCAAUUUAUCUCUAUGCGUAUCUAAGUUUUUCACGCUAUUUUCUCACCUUCGUUUUCUAAUUUACUUUCACUUGUUUCUUCUUUUUGUCUCUCUUACACGAAAUUUCUAUUUUCUUGUUCUUUCUUCUAUUCAAAGAUUUCAUCCUAGAAACCUAUUCUUUGACCAGAAUCUCGCAUCUUCGUUGAUCUUCCAUUCAUUGAUUGAUCUUUUUCUUUACCGUUUCUCCAUCGAAUUCGUUUUGUGCGCACUCAAGCUAGCUGUUUAUUUUUUUCUUCUUUUUAUUAUUAUUCCCUCACUUCUUCUUUAUCUUUUCCAAUUAUUUUCUCUUUAUUCCUCAUUUUUUUUCAUUUCUUAUUACUCUCUUCUUUCAAUGGUCCUUUUAAAAGCUCUCCCUUUUGCUUUUCUUUCUCAAUAUUUUCUAAAAACUAGUUUGCUGAUUUUAAUUUCCAUAUGUAUUUCUUUGAAACAAAUCAUAUUUUACUCAAUUCUUUUACAAUUCCUCCCUUCCCAUCCCCAUCAUUUUUAUAAUACUAGCAUCCAUAAUUUCCUACAAUAUUUUUCAAUAAUUCUUUCUUGA